UAGGGUUUGCUUUUUAUCUGGUCGUUACUGUUCGGUUUCGUUCCGCGGGAGGUGUUGAGAUUGGACGAGUUGUUUCUUCGGCUCCUUCGUUGCAGUUCGACUUCGCUCCUUCGACGACGUUAUCGGAAGUUACAACAUUUUGAUCGGAAGCAACGAACGGGAGCUCGCUCGCUGUGAAGCCCUCACAAAUCUCGAUCAUCUACGUAGCUUUUCCUCCGUAGCCAUGACACGGAGAGAACAAGACGAUUGUGUGACAGCCACUUCUUCCUCCUCUAUCAACUCAGUCUUCCCUCCUCAACCGUGUGCAUCCGUUAUAAAAGAUGGGGCAGUGUCUGGCUUUCUACCUGAGACCGAAGUAUUGGCUGUCCACUAUCCCGGCUAUCCCUCCUCCGCCUCGCGCGCCAUCGAAACCCUAGGCGGCCUAUCGAAAAUCUCCGAGGCAUGGAGCUGCGCCCUCCAGAAUCUUAGCGGCACCCAAGAUUCUGACAAGGAUAGAAGGAGGUUCUUAAGUCUCAAAUUCCGGCCCGAGGAUCCUUACUGUCAUCCGGCUUUCGGCGAGCCUCGCCCUUCCACAAGUAUCCUCCUCCGAAUUUCGCGGACUCAAAAUGUGAAGGCAACUGGAUAUGCUGUUGUUCCGCUAGUGCCAGUUGAGCAGCUUUCAGCAGAUGUUGUUGCCAGGGUUUCGUUGGCUCACCAUUUUGAAGGUAUGGCAGAUUAUCAACAUGUGAUUGCUGUCCAUGCUGCUGAGUCAAGGACAAAAAAAGGACGUUGGGCUUCCAAUGAUGAAUUAUUUUUAGAUGAUGAAAAUUUAGAUAUAGAUAAUGAAGAUAUCAUGAAGUUGGUGCCACCACUUUUUGCUCGCAAGGACAAACCAGAGAGGAUUAUGCUGAAUCCACCUGCUAAUUUAGUAUCGGAAAGUUUGCAAAAAGGAGCUGUUGAAUAUUCUUGGGAGAUGGAUAUUAAGCCUUGCCAUGCUAUUCCUUUCAGCAUUCAUAAGAUUCCAGAAAAGAUUAAUUGGGAAGAUAAACUUCCAAAAAGCACCCCUGAGUGGGAAGCACAAAUGGCUGUGUCCAAAUUAUUCGAAGAACGUCCUAUCUGGCCUAGAUGGUCGCUGCAUGAACGUUUGCUUGAUGAUGGUCGAGAAGUUACUGAAUAUUUGCUGAGAAGGCUUUUAUUCAGAACUGGGUACUACUUUUCUCGUGGCCCAUUUGGUCGAUUUUGGAUUAGAAAAGGAUAUGAUCCUCGUGAAAAUUCUGAAUCCCGAAUAUACCAGAAGGUGGAUUUUCGGAUGCCGCCUAAUUUGAGAAAUCUUGAAGAUGUGAAUGCAAACUCCACGUUGAAGCAUAAAUGGAAUGAUAUAUGCAAAUUUAAAGUAUGGCCCUCCAAAGCUUCUAAUUGUUUACAGUUAUUUGAACUUGAUGAUGAUUAUAUUCGUCAAGAGAUUGAAAAAGCUGCAACUAUGACAACUUGCUCGCCUUUGACGGGAUGGUUCUCUGAGGCGACUCUUAAGGCCUUAAGAUUACAUGUGAUGAUAAGAUUCAUGGAAAUAACUCCUAAGGGAGUUCCAGAGCAAUUCCUGAAGUCCAAAAUUGAACACUUCAAACGUUGCAGGAAAAAGGAAGCUCUUAACAAGUUGUGGAAACCUGAAAAAGAGCAUUGUCAUGACAACGAAGAUGCUAACCACCCCAAGCAGCUAGUUGGUAACUCUAAGAGCAUAGAAAAAGAGGUUGGCGAGAAAGUCCUCCAACUUGAGGAUGAGUGCGAGCAAGAGGAAGAGGAAGAGGAGUUGGAUGGAUAUGAAUCGCCACACAUGGUUGAUGAAGAUGGUGUACUUCCUUGUACUGCCUCUUAUGAAAUGGGAAAUAUCAUCCCUAAUGAAUACUUACAGGAGCUUCUUGGUGGAUUUACAUGUAGCAAAGAUGGUAACGGUCAGCAACCUGGUGAGAAGACCAAUGGAGUUGGAUCAAGUGAUGAUGAAUAUCAGAUAUAUGAGCAAGACAGUGAUGAUGAAUAUGAUUAGCUGUAAUUGUAUUAAGUGAGUCAAUUGCUUGAAGCGUUAGCUUGCUAAUGAUUAAGCUGCCAAAAGUGGCUAUGUUUAUAUUGUUUUGAUUUAUAUUUAUUUUAUCUAAUUGUAAUACUGCUUUUGAUGUGAUAUUUGUAUAUAGUGUAGACAUGAUAAUUUAUUGAAAAUGCUUGUCGUUUACUUCAAAUUCUGAGGCCAGUGAUGUUGAAAAGUGUAA